AUGCUUGUGAAAUUUAUGCAAUAAUUUAUUAGCACAUGUACCUCUUAAUUCGUGGGUUAUUGUAUAAGUAAUGAUUUAUUUGUAAAUAAAAAACAACAUGUAUUAACAUUCAUUAUUUAUUGGGUGAUUUCAUAAGGUAAAUAAAGAUAUAGAUUUGUCACAAUCAGCAAUAUACUACACGGAUAAAAUCACAAAAGUUUGUUAAACUCAUAUGUUCUGUAGGUUUGCAGAUUGCAAUUAGUUUUUUAUCUUGACACUUUACUUAUACACACAGUGUUAUCUCAUGCUAAAAGUCAAACAGAGUCGUAUUCACAAAGCUUUUUACAAUUUACGCACGACCUUAUACUAAAUAAGAUUCUUAAUCAUUUUAAUUUUCAUCUUUGUAGAUUGAAAUAUUGUAAAUGUAAGAUUGUUACUUAACACAAUUGGUUACGGAUUGUGCGUUGAAAAAAUUAAUAAAGAUUUUUCUAUUAGCUUAGUAACAGGUCAAUACACUACGAACAGCUUUGUGAAAUCUGGUAAGAUAUCAUACCAAUUUGUAAUCUCUGUCUUCUGUCAAUAAAGUUUGAGGAGGAACUCAACAAAUUAAAAAAGGUUCGUAAAGUUUGUGUACUUGUGUUCAUUUAAUCAGAUAUCAGCCAAAUUUGCUAUCUUGUCAAUAUUAUUUCAUGAAGAUUAAGCUAAUUAAUGACAUUUACCUCUUAAUCAAAGAGGCCAUAAUGAAAUGAGGUUGUUCUUGUUCUGGUGGUUUAAAUAUUACUCCUUAAUCACACAGUGAAUAUUAUGAACUUUUUGAGGGGCGGAGGUGAGAGGGGUGAUUAGAAUAAAAGCCACUUUUGAGAACACCUUUAUUUUUAGAGACCUUGCCAUUUCUUUUUGUCUGGUUAUACAAACUGCAAAAGGUGUAAAUGAACCUUCUUUUGAUAAGGAAGCAUUAUUUGACUAACCAACCAAACAAAAUUAGAAGACUAUCAUGCCUAUUAUUUGCAUCAUAUAUAAGCCUACAUUACUGAACUUUACUCCGAUACCUUCUGUUUAGCAGCAUGUCACAACAAUCGUUACUAGUGCGGUACAUUGGCUCACAUGUGUUUGUUAUUAGACCAAGUUAAUUUAAACUAUAACAAUUUUGAUUCUGUUCUUAAUAUCUUCUCUUGAAGUCUGGCUUGGAUUGUUUUUAGUUAUUCGCUUAUGUCAUCAGAUCUUUAAGAUGCAUCUAUCAGCUCUCUGUUUCACAGCAACGGCAUUGAUUUUUAUCAUUCAGGCCAAAGGGUCGUGUGACGUAGAUGAGGUGACACCAACUGUGUGGUUGGGUGAUGAGGAAGAUAUCAACAAAUGCAAAGCAGAUGAGACGUCUUGUGGCCUGUUUGGUCUAGACUUCAUCUGUCAGGAUCCAAACGGUGGAGAGUUUGAACCAUGUACAGAGGGAACCAAAGUCCUAUGCGCUUCUCCACCACCCAUCCCUCUCGCUCCUCCUACCCCAGUCUCAACAUUCCGUGUCAUAGCAUACAACGUCUGGGAGCUGAGAUACCUCUACUACCAGAAUGGUCAACGGGAACGUACUUGUCGCAUCCCUCGUGAGGUUGUUCAAAUGCAUCCUGAUGUUGAUGUGAUUGUCUUCAACGAGGCAUUUAUGGGAGGGUGUUUCUCUGAGUUCAAUUCUACCAUUGGAGCCAGCAUACUCACAUUUCGAGAUAUUCUGACCCAGUAUGGCUUCAUCUACUACACUAAUACUGUUGGUGAUCCACCACAGUUACCAAAACUGGAAAAUGGUGGUGUAUUUAUAGCCUCUCGUUGGCCUAUCAUCAAGGAAGAUUACUGUAUCUAUAACGAUUCAGUCAUGGCAACGGCUGACGCAAUAUCUGGAAAAGGUGCCGUUUAUGCUAAAGUUGAGAAAACUGUUGACGGUACUAGCAUGACUUAUCACAUUCUGGGAACACAUUUGCAAGCAACAUCGCGGCCUACAGCAGAUUUUGUCCGUGUCUCACAGGCAGAGGAAAUGCAUGAAUUGAUGAUGAAACAGAAUAUUCCCGAUGAUGAGCCAGUCAUCUACGCAGGGGAUCUAAAUGCCCGAAAUGGAACGCGGCAUGGUAAUAAUGUUAUGCAAGCGCUUGAUGCAGCCAUUCCAAACUUUAUCGGAGAUCGAAUUUACACUUAUGAUGGACCUGAAAACGACCUCCUAAUUUCAAACAGCACAUCUUGGAUCGACUAUGCCGUCUUCAGUAAAUCUCACCUUCAACCAAGCAGCUCUACCCUAGAAGUGGUUCGACCAAGGUCUCAAGAACCGUUUGAUGUAUGCAUGUUAUCAUUAGCAGUAGUACCAACUUAUGCCAACUCUGAGAGGUGUCUCCUCAACAGGACGGUUACAGAUCUAGCAGACCACUACGCUGUUAUGGGUGUUUUUGAUUUUGGUAGCACUACAACAUUACCUCCAAGUUCGACGUUACCUCCUACGAUUGUGACUUCACAGCCUGUAGACCUGCUAACAACCGAUUCUGGUACCGAUGCUAUGACAACCAGCAUAUUUCUUUUUCUUAUCCUUCCUUUGUGGUUUGCCUUUGUCUUGAGCCAAUAAAGAAUUAUUCUUAAAAACUCAUUACUCCAUGCAUCAAUAAGUGAGGUUGCUGAUCAGGGGCGGCAAUCCGGGGGGGGGGGAGCGGGAGGCACAGUGAACCCACUUUUUGAAGCCAUAAAAUGCUCCCUUUUUUAAGAAAGAAAAUGCCCCCUCAAGAACGUAAAAUGU